CCCAAGAAGAAGAAGAAGAAGUGGAGCUUAUCUUCUGAUCGUCAACAGUUUGGUCGCUGGAGAUUGAAGAACUGGAAGCCAACGCCGUUAAUCGGAAAUCGGAGACGGAAGGAUUCUUUGAUAGAGGCUGGGUCUGUUGCAUAGGACCGAAAGAGAUUGUAGGAACAUGGAUGUUACCUUAAGUAAACAACUAUUGCCGGAGUGGGCUAGUCUUCCUGGAGUCAUUCUCUAUGAGAUUCUGGAUAAGUUGUUGGAACCAGCUGACCUUGUUCGUUUCGCUGUGGUUUGUAAAGAAUGGUGUGCGCUUGCAGUAGAGUAUAACUGUAAAACACAGCGUUGUGCUAUGGUGCUUCCCAUGCUUAUGAUUCUGUCAGAGCAAAAACUAUACAGCAUUGGUGAGAAAAAGGUGUACAACUUUAUGUUACCAGAGGCGCUUAAUAGCCCCAAGAGGUGUUGUUCCUCGAGUAAUGCCCCUGGUUGGGUGGUCAUAUCAGAUCAGUUAGACGAAUAUCAACUCAGUGUAACUCUUCUGAACGUGUUCAAAAGAGAUGUGUCGACCAUCUGUCUCCCUCCAUUGGAUAAUAAUCCUCAGGGUCCCUGGUUCAGGGCUUUCUCCCCAAAGGUUACCUUAUCGGGUGAUCCGAUUGCGGAUGCAGACAAUUAUUUGGUUGUGGCAAUUUAUGAUAGAUCUCAAAGGUUCGCAUGCAUAAAGGGAAGACAAACAUUUUGGACUUAUGUGGAGGGCUGCUUAUUCUUUACUGAUGCUAUAUUUUAUAAAAGACAAGUAUAUGCGGUUGGACACUGGGGAUGGAUAUCUUCGUUUGAUGUUAAUAGCAAGCCACUAGUAGAAAGAUUACUUACGCCUACAGGAUAUCCGUUUUCAUGUUAUGCGCACAAGGGAUAUCUUGUGGAAACAACCAAAGGAGACUUGUUGCAUGUCCGAAGAUUUUUGAAACAGAAGAAUGUACGAGAUGGUCCUUAUUUCAAUUAUGAGGAUAAGGAGUUCUGGACUGAGAGCUUCAAGGUUUACAAGGUGGUGUUUGAUGAGAGGGAGGGAUCUAUCAUGGAGCAAAUUGAGUUAAAGAGCAUUGGAGAGGAGGCUCUGUUUGUUGGUGACAAUCAUUCAAUGAGUGUCUUGGCUUCAAACUUUCCUGGGUGCCAUCCAAAUUCCAUAUACUACACGGAUGAUUUGAUAGAACUUGGUGCAGUGCGAUUAGUUGAUGAUGGAUCAAUUGGGCGGGACAAUCACUUCAGUUUAAUCCAACGAAAAAACAAAACCAUCUUUAAUGGACCAAGUGAUAUGGGCAUCUUCAACAUAGAGGAUGGAAGCAUUACACAACAUUACUCUCUAAAUCCUUGGCACAAGAACAUCCCACCUGCUAUCUGGAUCAUGCCAUUGUUUAAUGGACUCGGCUAAUUUCCAGUUCAUUUCCAAUUUUGAGCCAUAGAGUAUCUUCUCAUUUUGUUGUGAGGUAUACCUGUCAGAUGCAGUGAGGACUGAGCUGUCGGAAGAUUUGGAUUGGCAACAACAGAUGUGGUCUUGCCACUGGAAAUUAAAGGACUGCAAGCCAUUGCAGUCAACCGAAAAGCAGCAAGGGAAGGACUCUCCACAGCAGUUGAUGAUAGAGGCUCGGGUUGUUGCAUAGGAGUGAAAUGUUAGAUAUGUUUGGUUUGAUUUCUUACUCAUUACAAUACAUUUUGCCUGUUUAAAUGUUGUGUAGUUUGAUUGAAAGCAUAGUAGUACUAUUUUUAUCUUUUAUUAAUUUGUUUUGGUCGGUAUUGGGCAUAUAUUGUGCAUUCAGGAUUUUGAGAGGCACAUGUAAUCUGAAUCAGUAUAUGGAUUUAACACAGAAGCAGAAUUAAGGAUGCAUUGAGAGACACAA